AUGAAGACCAGGGUUAAAGAAUUUGAAGCCACCCUUGAAAUGAUAUCUGUUGCCCCAGGGGAAAUUGUGUUACGAGGAGAAGUAUCUAAUAGAUAUAUCGGGAUGGACAGUAAAGGAAACCUCUUGACCUACAGCUCCUUGGUGGAAGAUUGUUUUUUUAAAGAACGUCAUAACACGAAUGGCUACAGUUCAUUUGAGUCUAAGCCUCACGCAGGCUGGUUUCUUGCACUGACAAACGAUGGCAGAGCAAAGCCUGGGUCCAAAACUGCGUCCGGCCAGAGAGCCGUGGAAUUUUUAUCAAGAAGAGUUUAAUCUGUUAAUGGAUUUUCCGCUGGAUACUGAAUUCUUGGUGCAUUUGAUAAUGCUAAUAGCGCAAUAACUUUAUUUUAGUUGGUCUAGAGUAUAAGUAAAAGAGAUGAUAUUCAUGGGCGGAUCCAGAAUUUUUCUUUGGAGG